AUGACCUCGAACCGACUAAGUCUCGGUAGCCACUUUCUAAGCAGUAAGAAAAAGACGGAUUUAUCAGAUCUAUUCACAAGCUUCGACAAGGACAACGAUGGAAAAAUCUCUCACUCGGAACUGGAAGACAUGUUACAAUCAGCUGGAAUAAAAUCGUCCAUGUUGAAAGACUAUCAUCCAAAUGAAAAAGAAGGGACUGCUGGAGGCGAUGGAUUGGAUUUCGAAGAAUUUGCCAAAUUGAUGAGACCGACACUAUCAGACCCACAUCGACUUACAAGUAAACAAUUGGAACUAAAAGAAGCCUUUGAUGCGUUUGAUAAAGAUGGCGAUGGAUUUAUAAAUGUGUCUGAAUUACAAGCCAUGAUGGAGAAAUUGGGUGACAAGUUGACGCUACAAGAAGCAAACGAAUUGAUUGACGAAGUGGAUCUGGACAAGGACGGUGUGGUGAAUUUCAACGAAUUCUGUAUUAUGAUGGGUGUUCAACAACCUAUGGUGAUGAAAAAGAGGUCAGCAUGUCCGCAUCAUCAGCAUAGCUCUUCAUUAAGAAGAUUCUUUUGCAGCCACAAAUAA